AUGGGUCGUAUAUUUCUGGAGCACAUGGGAGGGGUGCGUCUGUUCUCGUGCGCCUCCUGUGACACAGUGUUGACGAACAGACAUGAGUUGAUUAGCACGCGAUUCACGGGCGCCACCGGACGCGCCUUCCUCUUCAACCGAGUGGUCAACUUGAACUACAGUGAAGUGCAGGACCGGGUGAUGUUGACGGGCAGGCAUAUGGUGCGAGACGUCUCGUGCAAGAACUGCGACACGAAGUUGGGCUGGAUUUACGAGUUCGCCACCGAAGAGAACCAGAGAUACAAAGAGGGGAAAGUCAUUCUCGAGAGGGCUUUGGUUACGGAGAGCGAUGGCAUGGAAGAGCACAUCGCCAACGACUGAUCCAUUCGGUGAUCGCUUCAAACAAACACUCAUUUGCUAUCAUUUUAUACAUAAUAUUGCUUUCAAUAUAUGAUUACAUUUAUAAUCAAUAUAUAAGUCAAUUGUUUCGAUAAAUAGCUUAUAAAUAAAGUGUAGUAACAGUGAGUCCUUUGAGUCUAUUUCAUAAGACCUGUGAUAUCUGUAUAUUAAGUGUAAUGUCAUUCACUGAAUGACUGAUAAUCACUUCAAUCACCUUUUAAUCGGCCGAAGAGUUCACUAAAUAUUUGUUUACUUACCGUUAGUUUUAGUGAAGACUUGUAUAAAUCGAUGAGAUAUUUAUUGGGAAUACUAUCCAAACCUAAUCCAAUAUUUUGGUCAUAUUAUGGCA